CAGUCCGGAGAGGAAACAUGAGUCACGUGUAAUUAGUUCCUCACUUCAACAGUCCCGCGUCAUCGGAUCUGAAACUUUCACUUUCGAUUCUCAGUAAAGCUUAAACUUCUUAAACUUACUUAAACUUCUCCGAUGAUGAUGGCGUCGUAUAAAGACAUCGUGAGGUUUAUAGCCAAUCACCUGAAAUGUCCGAUUUGUUUCGAGAUCUUCACAGAGCCGGUCACUCUGGCGUGCGGACACAGUUACUGCCUCCGGUGCAUUAAAGACUAUUUUAAGCAGAAUUCGAAGAGAGUCUGUCCUGAGUGUCGAGCUGAGCUCAAGACAGACUACAAACUCCACAAAAAUGUCACCAUCAGAGCCAUUCUGGAGUUACAGCAGGCGGGGGGUCGGGAGAUGUGGGACAGGGUCCUGGCCGGAAGUGAGGAAGAGUUCACUCAGGAUGGGAGCUGUUUGAUCAGAAACAGUAGCAGGACUUAUCAGUCAUCGUCAUCAUCAGCAGCAGAGGGGUCGAGUUCCUCACUGGACUGCGAAGAAGGACAUCAGGAUGCUGCUAAGAAUGACUCAAGUCUUCCAUCAGUCCCUCAGAACGAUGAGGUUAUUAUAAACUCACAGUCUGUUUCAGAGGAGAACAAAGGGAGUGUGUCAAAAGAUCCAGACUCUCUCAGAGGGUUCUCUGAUGAUGGAACAUCUGCAGCUGCAGGUCUUAGUGCUGAGUUCGUCUCACUGUCCUUCUUGCCCCAGAAGGGUCACAGGCGUUUGGUUUUCUACUCUCAGAGGAUUGAGGUGAGGUCUUCCAUGACUCUGAGGAAUCAUUCAGACCGCUUCGAGGCGUGUCAGUGGAUGGCGGAGCAGGAGUUCACCACGGGGAGGUUCUACUGGGAUGUAGAGACGAGCGCGUGCAGUGGCUGGGCGGCUGGAGUGGCCUACACUCACCUGGGAAAAGACGAGCAGCUCGGGAGGAGUAAAUCUUCCUGGUGUAUUGAGUGGAGCAGCAGCAGGUUCAGCGCCUGGCACAACGGCUCCGAGACGCCCCUGAAACACAGACACCCGAGCAGACUCCGAGUCCUGCUGGACAGGGACGCUGGACAUCUCUCCUUCAGGAGUGGAGAGGAUGGAGAAGCUGAGCUGUACGAUGUUCAGGUGGAGUUUGAGGCUGCGGUUAGUCCUGUGUUCUGGCUGUUUGGGACAAAACCUGGAAACGCCCUGUCCUUCCCCAGACCCUGAGUCCACUCUCACGCCGAGGAUGGAAAAUAACACAAAACUAUGUGUUGGUUGUUGUACUGUUUAUAUACUGUAUAUAUAUAUAUAUAUAUGUAAUGUUGACCAAGGAUUAUUUAUCAAAUAAAUAGUGAUUGUAGUGCAUG